UUCGGUGCUGCACUUGUCCUGUUGGCAAUUAUCGUAUCAAUGUUUAUCCCUGAGAAUCCGUCAUCUGGCCAAUUGUCACAUUCAGAAAUUAUCACCGGUUCAUCGCAUGAUUCAACACAUGGUGGUAGUCGAUAUGUCGGUGAGACAAGACUACGCCGGAGUUCACCUUCAGGUCAGUUACAUCGAUCUAUAUCAAGCUGUGAAGCCACUUUACCUGGUGUUGCUGUUGGUGAUGAUGAUUGUGAUAAACUCAAGCUGAUGAGUCCUGCUGAUGUGUAUAAAUACAAUACGAAAGGUGAUUAUCAUCCUCCUCAUAGUUAUUAUAAUAAUAUGUAUGAAGGAGAUAAUGGAGGAGGUGUCGGUGGAGUCGGGAUUUGGGGUCGUCUAAUGACAAGUCUUUCAGAUUUUCGUAAUCCAGUCUACGUGAAACAACGACCAAAUCGUGUAUAUCGUCAAUCGAAAGGACGUUUUAGUACAUUGGGAAUUGUUGAACCAUUUCGUCGUCUGUUUAUCCGAAGAACACCAUACUACAAUGCUACUGGUGGUGGAAGUUUUGCAGAUAGUAAUAUGAUUGGCUAUCAUCAUCCAACGGACAGUGAAUCAUCAUCACGCUUCCAGUAUUCACGACUACCAUUCACAGUGAUUAAAUCAAAUCAUAAUAUAUAGUAAUGAUAAGAAGAAUUUAGAGGAUUUAUCAAGUAAAGAGUUAUUGUUUGCUAAUCCUUUAUUAUUAUCAUCAAAUCGUUGUGAAUCUGAAGAGGCAGCUGAUUUAAGCAAUUAUCGUGCACAUCAUUUCCGACGUAUGUUUACGCCUACGCAUAAUAAUUCCCCUGCGACAAUGCUAGCGGUGACUACUACACCAUCCAAUGACGUCUCUUCUUCUGUCCCUCUUGGUAGUAAUAAAGACAGUUUCACCGGUGGUGGUUCAAAGUCUAUUAUGAAUUCUACUCAAGAUUAUUCUACCAGACAUCAUAAUGAUGAUGAUGAUGAUGAGAACUCUGAAGGAGAAGAAGCAGAAGCAGCAGACAAGGCAAGCUUAUUACGUAAUCAAUCAUCAUCAUGUUGAUGAUGACGAUCAAUAAUAGUCCAACAAGAAAUAUUAUGAUGAAACAAAAAUUUUUUAGUACUAGUCAUCAUCAUCAUCAUCACCCUUAUGAGAAAUCAUCAGGUACAUGAUGAUGAUGAUGAAGAAAGAAAAUAAGAUAUUCUAAAUUGUG